UGGGGCUCAAAAAUGAAACGUUAACCAGAAUUUGCCUUGUACGCACUAGUCGUUUGUCUCUUACGGGGUUCGCAAUAGCAUAAACUUUGCUUCUCUGUGAGGACUGAGUGAACGCCAAGAAACCUCUCAUCAGAUUCUUAAGAUCCAAAAGCCCAUCAUUCGCCUCAGCAGUCUUUUUCGCACUGCAAAAUCUCAGCGCACAGAAACACAUAACACUGAUAAGAAAUCUCAUUGCCUCUUCAACGAUUAGAAAUGGGAUCCGGAGGAAUCGUUAGCCUAAUCAAAGUCCUCUUUCAGAACUUCGAUGUUCUUGCCGGGCCUGUGGUCAGUCUGGUUUAUCCUCUAUAUGCUUCAAUCAGGGCUAUUGAGACCAAAAAUCCUGUGGAUGAUCAGCAAUGGCUUACCUACUGGGUUCUGUACUCUAUGAUUACGCUUUUCGAACUUACAUUCGCCAAAGUUCUUGAGUGGUUCCCGAUCUGGUCAUAUGCGAAACUGAUUGCUACCUGCUGGUUGGUCAUACCUUACUUUAGCGGUGCUGCAUAUGUCUACGAGCACUAUGUUAGGCCAUACAUUGUUAAAGGAGAAGUAGUGAACAUCUGGUACGUGCCCCGAAAGAAGGAUUUUUUCAGUAAACCUGAUGACAUUCUAACUGCAGCGGAGAAAUACAUUGAAGAACAUGGAACCCAAGCAUUUGAAGAUAUAAUUCACAGGGCUGAAAGAGAAUCGAAGUACAGGAACAGCAAUUAUGCGUUUUAUGAUGACGACUAUAGAUACUGAGUCUUUCAAGUGGGAAUACAUGCACAUCUGCUGUGGACCUUGAGAGGAAAACAUGUGUAAUAUUGUAAAGAGAUUGCAUUUUAACUGAGAUAGUGAACUAUGUUUUCAGUAACAGUCAUUUCUUUUUUGAGCCUUUCAGCUUUCUGUGCAUUUUCAGGCUGUCAAAUGCUACUUACUGUCUGUGUGCAACAUUGCAAAGUCCUCACCUUCACUCAGAUUUUGAGUGGAUUAAACAUUCAUUGCACAUAAAUAGUACAUAAUCAUUUUCAAACAA